AUGGAAGAUACAAGGCUGAAGAUCAUCGAAGAAGAGCCUCGAUCCUUUUCGCGCCCUUUUCACAUCGACGUGCGAACCUCUGAACCUCGCCAGUUCUUCGCCCAACGCAAUCGACACUGCAGAGCCAAGCCAGGACUUCUUGCUCUCCUUCUCCUGCAGCGGCUGACAGUCCAGUCCAUCCGUCUUGACCAAAGAGCGGCUCUUCGCCUUACUCCAAGUAGGAGACAAGCCAAGGAGCCUAAACAAGGGCCAGAGGCCAGUGACUCCUCCUCUACAACUGAGACGCCGGAUAGCCAAGUGACGAUUUGUGAGAAAGAUUGCAGUGGUCCUGAUGACGAAUGGGAACAGGAUAGGGAGGUGGAAGGAGAGGAGGACCUGGAAGAGGCCGACAUCUCCGAGAUCAACGCCAUAGAAGAAGAGGAAUCGGAAGAAGCCGCACACGGCAUCGGCGGCUUCUUCGAGGCGCGGGACGGAUGCGAAGAAAGAUUGUUCAAACUUGCGAAUGUCGACGCUAAGAUUAGAUUCCUCCUUAAGGAUCUGGUUCACCUCGCAAAGCAAUUCCGCCAAGUUAAGGAUGCUGCUCGUGUAUCAGAUCUUUCGUGGGGGUUUCUGAAGAGUCUCUUGAUCAAGCUGGUCGUGCCCAAGUUGCAGAGUCUUGCGGUCGAUUUCACCCCUACCUCCGUGACACAAAGACGGACAUUGCUGGCACAACCGAAAACACCUUUGCUCGGAUAUACAGGAAGACGCAGCAUGGAUGUCAGCUUCGUCAACGACGAUGUCGUCUAUCGGCCUGGCGAGGACCGACCUUGCAACGUAUGUGGGAGAAGUGCUGUCGGCCCAAGACGCUCGACGCUUCGUCUUGGGCUUUUCGCUGUGCGGGCCCAUGAUGCGGUUGUGGGUGAUUCAGUAGGAGGGAUCGCGUCUGAACAAUUCGACAUUAGCGAUUCUAAAGGCGCGCUGGAGUUUGUGGUUAUCAUGCUUGGCUUCCUCGGAAUGGACGAAGAAAGGCUUGAGUUUAACCCUACCACCAGGACGUCUGACGGCAAGGGUCUGAUCGAGAUCAGACGAGACGGCCGGCCAGAGCGCCUCAUCAUCGACGGGGCCAUUGACGACUCGCAGAGCGCCUUUGUCAUCAAAGAUUCAUGGCAAUACCCGGAGCGGGACGACGAGGGCGAGAUUCUUCGAAAGGUUACCCAGCAAGGCGUGAUGACCGUCGCUCGGUAUUAUCAUCACGAGACGGUUCGUAUUCGCCAUGUCGACGAUAGUAUUCGGAAAGGUAUUCGCACGGGACUGGAUAUUACCACUGCAGUUGCUCCUACAGUGACUGCUGAUGCGGUGACUACUCCCAACUCGACGGCUGCGACAGUGAUGGCCAAUGCCGUAGUUACAGCCACAGCUGAUUCAACAGCUAUAACGGCCGUGGUGGGAAAGGCUUUUGCAGAUGAUAAAGUAGCCCCUGUUACUGCGACGACAGCUGUAGCCCGAAGGGCAUCUGCGUCAGCCAUCUCUACGGCUUCCACGAUAGCUGUGGCUGCUCCUCGACGAAGACGCUCCACCGCUCAACAGGGAAAAAAGACACCGAGAGUGCAGCAGCUCCGCCAAAGCGAGAGCAGAAGUAGCAAAAAGAGCCAUGGUAGUGCUAAUACCGAUAGUACCGGCGGUGCUGGCACAAAAAGACGAUCCAGCUAA